AUGGUGUGGCGCGCGAUGUCGCCGUGGCGACCUCACCUGACGGAGAACGAGCCCGCCGCCGACGCGACGCCUGAGUGUGUCGGAAGGUGGCUCUCUGAGCCGUCGGACUUUGCCGGAGCCGAUGCGUCAAUCACGCACAGUGACCUCGCAUCUCUCGCCUUCCCACAGCCGUGGCCUGCGGUGUGGCGGUCUCGGUCGCUGCAGAGGCUGCUCAACCAGUCGCUGGGUGGACGGCGAUGCCGCGCUGUGCAGCCGCCGUCCAACUCUGAACGAGCGGCUCUGGCAGCGGCUGGGUUCGUGGCGCCAGCGGCCCUACACUCCUUCUCCAACGCCGAGCGUGUGUGCGCUGCCACAGGCUACCAGGCAGCGGCGCGCGUAAUACCACCCGCCGGCGUGGCGGCGGCGGGGCAGAAGAUAGAGGGCGCGGCCGCCCCCUGCGACGGCCCGUCCCUGCUGGCGCUGCGGCACUGGUGGAACGACGCGGCGGGCACGUGGCUCGACUUUACCCCACUUGUGCCCGGAGAGCAGGCGUGGGGCGGCACUCGCCUCUUGGUCGAGGCUGCCUCGGGCGACAAGCCUCUGCGGCCCCUCGGCACAGCGGGGCGCGCCUUCGCGUGCGCCAUCGCCGCGCGCCUGUCCGAGUGCUCCGACCCGGCUGCGGUCGCGCCCUCUGCGGCCGCAGUCGCGCCCUCUGCGGCUGCAGUCGCGCCCUCGGUGCCGCCCUCGGUGGCUUCAGCAGCCUCGACUGCAGCCGCGGCGGCAGCGGCCGCUCCUCCGCCAGACAGCGCCGCGUCGUUGAUGCGGCCGGGCUUCGAGGGGCGCACCGUCGAGUUCCUCAACGAUAAGGCGGGCGUCGCCGCUGCACCCGGCAUGGCAGGGGCGGCCGCUCUCAGGCUGGCAAGCCACGCGGCGGACUGCUCUAUAGGCGCCGCCUUCGGCGCGAACAUGCGCGAGCUGGCGAUGGAGCCCGCCGCCAUCGCUGUGCUUGGCGAGGCGCUCGGACUCAAGCACUUGCCCGCCGCGACGCAUGUUGGCGAGGCAGCGGCGGCGGUGGCUGGCGGCGCUGCUUCCGCGGAGGGGCGGGUUUGGCCGGAGGGGCUGGCUGGGGCGGCGCGUCGAGCGGCAGAGGGGAGCAUCGCUGCCGCGACCGCCGUGGCGUGCGUCCGGCAGGCGCGAGCCGCUCUCGUGUCCCCGCCCUCGCGCCUUCACACCCUCGCGUCACACCCUCGCGCCCUCGCGCCCUCCGCCUCCGCGCCGCCGGCCUCGACCCGUCGGUCGGCGUGCGUUGCCGCUCUCGCCCUCAUCGUCACCGCAGCGUGGAGCGGGGUCGCGAUCUGCGCAACUCUGCCCGUUGCUCCGCCGCCCGCGCUGGCGACCGAGCUGCCGGCCGUUCUGGCGGGCGGCGGGGGCGAGGGCGCCUCCUCAUCGCGGGUGCAGGAGCUCCUCGACGAGGCCGCGAGGGACGCGGCGAGGAGGGCAGCACUAAAGCGGGACCCGCUGUGUCCGAUCGUGCGGAAAGCCGCGCAGCAAUGGACCGAGGAAGAUGAGAACCCGCCUAGAGCGACAAUGGCGCACGUGCUUAGCGGCGCCUGCCUGGGGAAUAGGGAGCAGGCCAGAUGGUUCCUCAGAGUAGCGCGAGCGCAGACAGGGACGGCGAUCAGCAAAGUGGCACAGGCGGCACCCGACUCCAAGGAUACGCUGAAGACGCUGAGGAUGGCGCAUGUCGCUGCGCUGAAGGGCUCACGCUACAGGGUGCUGGACGAGGACGGGUACGAUACACUAGCCCCCGCAGUCGGGGGGGUGUUGCCAGCACUGGUAGAUGACCUCUCGGAGAAGAGCCGAAGGGACCUUGGCACCGGGGUCACGAGGAACCUGCAAGUCGUGGCCGAGGCGGCGACGGGAGCGGGAGUCGCGGAGGAGGAGGGAUAA